AUGUGUGGUUCUCACUUCUGCAAUAGAGCCUUCGCGGGAUUGAGGGAGAAGUAUGGCAUCAACCAUAGUUUGGAAAAACCUAAUCACCCUCAGAUAAGUAGGCAAUUUGAAGUCUCCAAUUGGGAGAUCAAGAGUAUUUUAGCUAAAACGGUGAAUGCAAACAGAACUGAUUGGGCUCGCAAGCUCGAUGAUGCUCUAUGGGCUUACCAGACUGCGUUCAAGACUCCAAUUAGGACUUCGCCUUUCAAGCUCAUUUUCGGUAAAAUAUGUCACCUGCUAGUUAAACUUGAACAUAGGGCCAUGUGGGCCUUGAAGAAAUUGAACAUGAAUUGGGAAGAAGCAACCAAAUUCAAUUUGUUUCGACUACGACGAAAAUUUGGAUGGAUUUAA